AUGGCCAACUUCACCAUUGUCACAGAAUUUCUCCUAUUCGAAUUUGCUGACAUCCGAGAGCUGCAGGUGUUACAUGCAAUAUUCUUUCUCCUCAUUUAUUUAGCAACAUUAAUGGCGAAUUUUCUCACCAUCACUGCAGUAGUCACUGACCAGCACCUCCAUGCUCCAAUGUACUUUUUUCUAAGCAAUUUAUCCCUGUUGGACAUCUGUUACAUCUCAGUAACUCUUCCCAAAUUCAUUGUUAACACCUUGAUGGGCAUUCAAUCCAUUUCUCUCCUCGGAUGUACUGUUCAGAUCUUCUUCUUUCUCUUCUUUGGAUCAACAGAAUUUGCUUUCCUCAUGACCAUGUCCUAUGACCGCUUUGUGGCCAUCUGCCACCCCCUGCACUAUGGGGUCAUCAUGAAACCAGCCCGGUGCCUUUGGGCAGCACUUGGCUCAUGGCUCACUGGCAUUAUCUAUUCUAUUCUGCACAUAGGAAACAUGUUCCGCUCGCCCUUCUCAGGAUCCAAUGUGAUCCACCAGUUUUUCUGUGAUAUACCACAGGUAUUGCAGGUUGCAACGUCAGAUGUUUACAAUGCUGAAUAUCUACUCCUUGCCUUAAGUUCAUGUUUUCUAUUAUUGUGUUUUGCCUUUUUAAUUAUAUCAUAUGCUCGCAUCUUCUCCAGUGUGCUCAAGAUCCCCUCUGUGGAAGGACGCUACAAAGCCUUAUCUACCUGUUCCCCUCACUUGAUUGUCCUUCUCUUAUUUCUCCUUUCUGCAAUCAUUGCGGUCCUGGGGCCAACAUCGGACAAGACAUCGGUUCAGAACCUUCUUAUUGCAAUGGCCUACACAGUCCUGCCCUCAUUCAUGAAUCCAUCAUUUACAGCCUGA